AUGGGGGAAGAAGGGAAUGAAAUGAUGGAGAAAUUGGAAUCACCAUCAACAAAAGAAGGUGAAGAAGAAAGAAAAGUGAUUCAAAUCUACUCAACAUCCUCUGAGGAAGAGCCCAUUAUAUGUCUAAGGGACAUGGACAUGAAAAAAUUAGAAGAAACCCAAGAUUGCUUCAUCUUGGAUUUUGACCCUUUUGACUCCAAUAUUCAUCUCUCUAGUCUCUCCAUCACUGAAGAACAUGCUGAUUCUGAUGAUGCAGAUCUUCAUGUCAUCUCCCAAAAAGGCCAGUGUUACUGCUACGUCUGUGAUUCAGCUGCCCCUUGCAAGUACUGGACUGCUCCUCAACCUGGGCACUGCCAUGCCACAGAGCAAGAUGCCCACUGGAAGUUGCAGAGGAAAUGUAGGAUGAUUGAAAUCUAA